AAGUGGACCGGAGGAAGUACUAGUAGGUCCGUCGAUCAAAAUCGCAAAAAAGUUCUGCCAUGCACGUUCGAAUCCUUACUGCACGAUAGCAACCAAUUGAAGUGGUUCUCUUCGACAAGGUUACUCGAAGGAAUACCGGUCUUCGCCAAUCCAUGCUGCAUUCGGCCCUAUGGCCCGAUUCUCGGUGGCACCGUGUCUGCUGCCGUCGCACCCGCCCCAGCACGUAACCGGUGGGUUCACGCCCGACACCACCAGCGAAUCCAGCUCGACAUUCAGGCACAACCAAUCGGCCGUUCCCCCCCGGACGCUAAUGUUUUUCAGCGAAAGGUGCUCCAGGCAGUCCUCCGGGAGCCCUUUGAUCUGUCCCGCGACCCCCGCCGAUGCUACCACAAUGUCCUCGAAGGUCACGUUCCGAAACAGGGGCUUUCCAGACCGAUGGGCAGGCGGUGUGUUGUUGUCGUAGGUCAAUCCCAGCAGGAGGGCCGAGCCGGCCUCCUCCGGAUACAUCCAGGGCGUGGGCCCGAGCUUUCCCAUCUCGAUCCGCCGGAUCGUAAUGUUUUCCAUCGGUCCGGGGUAGUAUCUGUG